GUAUUGUGUUGUUUGUAAAUCGACACAGGAACGAUCUUAUAGUUUCUGUUAGAAAUGUAAGGAUACAUUUCUCAUUUAUGCAAAGAGUGGUUUGGUUAUUUGCGCCUGUUCAACGAAAGAACUCUUGAUGAAACAAAACGUCAUACCUCUGGCUAUAUCAUCGUACUUGUGUGUAAUUGUUGGGUGACCCGUGUGUGUUUGUAGAUUUAUUCCAUCGAUAUACAAGUAUUGUUGUGUUUUGGCGAGAUGCAUUGUGGUGUGUUAUGAACCAAUGCUAUCCGUUAUAAACUUCGACACUGGAUUACUGUAUAGCACCACAGAACACAAGUCUCUUCUGUUACUCUAAGUGAUUGAGUGUGGCGAGAGAAGCACUGGAAAACAUAUUGGUGAUGGAUACAUUUAUCAAAACUUCCAGAAUACUGCACAGAAAGUAUCAAGGGACUACGAGGCUUUGUCACCUAACUCAGAAGUAUUUUUUAUCAUAAAACGACUAUUUUUCCAAAACGUUUUUCCGAUAUCACGUUUUUUAGUUAUGACGUUACAUAAACAUUUUAACACCACACAUACGACUCAUCUACUGUCAAAAACCUGUCAAAUAUGACGUCACGCCAACAAGGCACCACAACCCGUGUUUCCGGUGCAGCAAAGUCAACCAAAAAUGACCCGUCGGCUCGUCAGGGGUCAAAGAGGUCAGGGCAGCCUCAGAGUCGGCAAAUGUCGACUGGAUACCAAACAGGAGGCGAGUCGAGAUAUCAACAGACACGGAUGACUCGACAGGGAUCACAGGGUGUUAGUAGACAGACAGGGCAACGGGGCAGUAGACAAACGGCGGGGACAACAAAGUCCAAUCGGCUGGUACAGAGUAGGCUUUCAAAUCAAGUUGUGUUUCGUCACGAGUCGAGUCGAGGCGGAGAUUCAGAGGCGAGGAGUUAUGCUUCACAGUACGAUGAUGAGGAUGAUGAGGAUGGCGAGUACGAGGACGGGGACGAGGAUGAGGAAGGGGAGUAUGAAAACGAGGAUGAAGAGGAAACCGAAGGCAGCGAGGAUGUACAAAGUACUUACAUAGAAGAUUAUUACCCGGAGUAUGCUUCAAUGACAGGCAUAAAAAAAGUCCAAGGUCCAAGGGUUGAAAUAAUGGACGGUCCUGAUCCGUGCCAUUGUUUCCCAAAGAAAAGUAACAAGCACAUCCCAUCUAUGGUGUAUGAAAACAUCACGUGCAAACAUUCUGGAGUUAAAGGUGAGGCACAUGCAGGUGUAUUUCGGUUUGAUUUUAAUUGGAACGAAUUCAUGGAGGAACCAAGACGGAGAAAACGAAGUCAAGCUCCUCCUAAAACUAACUUUGUAAAGGGAUAUCCUAAUCCCGAAUUUUUAGGGGAAUAUGUGGAGGAAGAGGAAGGUGAAGAUGAAGAUGACGAUGAUGACGAUACCAAUCAACAAGACGAUGAAGAAAUUGAUGAUGAUGAGGACGAUGAUUACACGUACCAUGGUGAUGAAGAAUUCGAAGGGCGAUGGGGAAAACAAUCCGAUGAUGAUGAUGAUGAUGAUGAUGAUGACGAUGAAGACGAAGAAGACGAAGAAGAGGCUGAGCAACAGAGAGCUUUAGAAGAAGCCAUGGCCAAACCUAGUGGGAUACGCGCUAUUAUACCGUUGCCUCAUAUAGGGUAUUCCCCACCCCCUUCUAGGGAAAGAUCUACACCUUUGUCCCAGCGUUCUGUCCCGUACUCUCUGCCCCCACUGCCCGAGAGCCCUUUCAUGUCUGUCCAAAGUCGCCAGUCUGCCCAGUCAUACGAAGGAUCAGGGGUCGGAAGUCGUUUGGACAGUAGGGACGCGCGCAAGGACGGCAAGUUCCGGAUAAAGAAAAUCAAUACAGUGCGCCGUUUCCAGGGCCGAAUGUAUGAUCCGGCUUCCAAAAAAGUGGUUUCCUAUGACAUAACGCCAUCCUUCAGAGCUAAUCUUGACACGUGGCACGCCAACAUCGACAGUGGAUCUUCCGCUGCUUCCGGAAGUCGCCUUUCGCUCCAGUCCGGAAAUCGUCGAAGUACCGUACCGAGUCGUCGGAGUGUGAAAGUCGAGAGUCGUCAUACGAACAUUCCAGAGGAAGAUGACGAAGACGAAGACGAUGAUGAUGACGACGACGACGAAGAUGACGACGAUGAAGACGACGAUGAAGAUGAUUAUUGACACUUAUUGUUGUCAGUAGUAUGCAGUGUCAAAACAUCCAUUAUGCUAAUUUUCGUUUUAAGUAUCCGUGUGUUCCUUCAUCGGGUUCGUACCAGCUUUACCAAAUAGGUACGGUACCAUGGAACGCAAAUUGAAUAUCAAGCGAGUUCCCAAGAUGGCGGCCUUCGCUCACCUCAAACAUAAAAACCGAUCAUUUUCCUUUUUUUACAGUGUAACGGAUGUAAAAUAAAUACCUGAAUAGUUCCGUAAAACAUUGACUUUUAUAAUUUAUAAAAUUUCAUCGCUUACGGAGAGUCCCCGUCUCGUUUUAACAAAAAGUACUUUUGCAUGACAAAGGAAGAAUCACAGUCACGUCAUCUCGGAUCCAACUGAUACGUAUGAAGAAUCCAUCCACGAGAACCGAUUCGGUUCUACUGGUACAGAAUGUUGCAUUACGAGUUCCGGUUCGGUUCUACUGGUACAGAAUGUUCCAUUACGAGUUCCGGUUCGGUUCUACUGGUACAGAAUGUUCCAUUACGGGUAUCGGUUCGGUUCUACUGGUACAGAAUGUUCCAUUACGAGUACCGGUUCGGUUCUACUGCUACAGAAUGCUCCAUUACGAGUACCGGUUCGGUUCUACUGCUACAGAAUGCUCCAUUACGAGUACCGGUUCGGUUCUACUGGUACAGAAUGUUCCAUUAUGAGUACAACAGAUUCAUACCGGUACAACUGGUACGAACCCAAUAAAGGAACGCAUGGUAUGUGAACGCUACCGGCAGAAGAUGAAUCAGUGUCAUUUUGACGUUUCUCCUCCCACCAUUUAGACUAAUGCUAGACCACUGGAGGAUGCAAACAUUGAGUGGUAUAAGGAUUCUCCAGGACGAGAAAAAGGUUUCUCGAAUAUUUCUAAAUGUUGAUUAUGUGAUAAAUGUAUGUAAAAUCAUCUAUUCGUUUCUUACUUUAAAAUAGUGUUGACAGAAUCCUUCAGAAUACAUCAUUUUAAACUUAAUAAUGAAAUUCAUCUUUUAGAAAAUGUUAUGAUAGGGAGAGCUUGAAAUGUGUUGUAUGUGGUCCCGUGGAAAAUUCAAAGUUAAGGAAUUUUGAUGAAAGUUGCAUUUCAUUGAAUGCGAACGAGUAGCGCAAGGGAGGUAACUCAGGUAGUGAUAUCACUAAAGUCAUCGUAACUUACCGUUUCCAAUCGUCUGGUGUACGCCGUCGUGCGUUGUCCGUCGGACGUCCGUAAAUAAUUUACGUUUCUUCUCAGAAACCCCUGAACCAGUUUCAGUAAAGAUUUACUGAAAUCUUCCAUGGCCAAAGGUCAAUCGAAUCCACACCACUAGUGACACGGGGAAUGGGACAAAAAGUAUCCAAUUUGAUAAACUUUCAAAAUGCCUCUCCCAAAGACUCAGAUAUAUGGAAGAAUUGAAUUUUUUCUUCGAAAUGGAAGGGUCUUACAGGUCUUUCCCGAAAUAGUGAGUUUCAACCACGAAGUCUCGCGUUUUCCCCUGGGGAAGGAAUAAACUUAACUAUGUAGUUUAUGUAGCGUAACAACAUGUUUGAGUGGUUUCCCAUAGGAAAUAAUUGGAUCUUGGGCUGGAUUAUUAACUUUGUGAGAGGACAUUUUGAUGGAUGCACAAAACCUUGGUUGACCCCCGGGAUAGGCGUGACCAAAACGGGUAAAAUUGAUCGAAAGUGUAACAAUUUUCUUCUCCAAUCCGAGGUCCGUUGUUGGAAAGGUCUUCAAGUGUUUUAUGAAAAUGUAGAAUAUUUCGAUACACCAAGGCGUGAUAUCCGUCCAUAGGGAGCGGAUGAAGUUUAUUAUAGUGGAUAUAGGGAAAAGACACUUUUUGUUAUACUUUAUAAGUUAAUUCAAACUCUAUUGAAAUUAAAACUCAAUCCAAAAGUAUCAAAUUAGCUUAAAUUCCAACAAACUAAUACUUUUCAUAGUA